GGGCCUCCAGAGAGGAUGUCACCAACAUGGACUGUUCUCAAGCAGACUCUGAAGGAUUUUAGGACUGUGGCAGUGGAUGUUUUCUUUAGCGGUCACAGAGAGAGCUUCAAGAGAUCCACUAUCCUCCUCAUCAUAUGCGUCUUCCUCAGCGUCCUCCUCAGCGUCUUGCUCUACCUCUACCUCCUCUGCACUCUCACCUAUGACCCCGCAGUGGCCGGGGGAAUCUCUGUGCUCCACUGGCUGCUGUUGACUGUAGCCCUCUUCCUGUCCAAGAGAAUACGAUGCUUGCUGACUCUUCUGCUCAUCUCUAUAUUUACCAAAAAAAGUCGCAAUCUCCUUUUGACCGCCGGGACAAGUUUAGUUGUGCUCGGGAAUAUUCGCAACACUUUAGAGAAUCUGACAGGUUUGGUUCGGAGCAUGAUCUGCAACCUUAGGGCCAAGAAGGCGUCAGUCACGGCUCCUUUCAGUAACUACGUAGCCAUGUUGAAAUGGUUGGCUGGCGUACUGCAAGGGGUGACGGAUCUCGGGGUCGUUAACAUGGAUUCGCAGCUUAAGAUCUCUUCUAAGGUGGACUUGGAAGAAUUCAGGGAGCGACUCAGCCAAGCAGAACUAAAGCUGAAUCAAAGCGUCAAAUACGCCGUGACUUUUAUGAACACAGUCUCCUCUGGGAAGGAACGUGUUUAUCCGGUCAUCAGCUUCCUGGUGCUCACCGUCUUCAUCGCCUUGCACAUAAAAAAUUACCGCAGUGACCCGACAUACAAAAAUAACUUCAUCAGCAGCAAAUUUGUUCAUUAUGACGAGAAGCAGAAGGCAGAAGGACGGCGCCACGUUCUUCCUCUCACAUCAGAGGAGGAGAAGCUUUAUCCCUCACUCCCUUCCCUGCGUCCUACAGCCCAGGAAGGAAAAGCUCUGUUGAAAUUUGGCCUUCCAGUUGUGUGCCAUUUGUUUGCUUGGGUUCUAUUUAUAACCGUGGAUGCCUUGUUUUACUGCUUCGUUGUUAUUGUAACAACCAAGCUAUCGGAGAUGAAACCGUUCCAUGUCCCUCUGCUGCUGAGACUCAAAGGGGUGGCAACUCUAAUUGGCAUACAGUUGAGUGAAGAGAAUCACCUGAAAGACUUCUCUUAUUCCGUGACGCUGUUUGAGAAGCAGUGUCUCCCCAGUCCCAAACCUCUGCUCUACAGCUCGGUGGUUCCGCUGGCCGCCAUAUUGCUGAUCUUGUUAUUUAUGGCCCCACUGGCAGCCAAGGCGGUCCAGUUCAGGCUCCUGGUGUUUGAGAAAUUCUACUCCAACGCAGCAGAAGAGAGGAUAAAGUUCCUGCAUGCCAAAAUUCUGAGGAAACGGUUAAAAAGGAGGAGGGCGAAAGCGAAGAGUAGCCCUUUUACUUCACUCAUCAGUAAGCCACAUUUCUGGUGUCCGUUGUUUUUCCCAGAAGAGGACAAUGUUGUGUGAGGAAACUUGUCCUCACAAAGGAUCCAUUACCGGUGCUGCUCAGAAGAUUUCCAUGUUGUACUCUGGUGACUCAUUUUAAAACCUGAUGUGCAAUAAUAAAAUCAGCUACUGACAUAUUUUAAGUCUAUUUGAAAUUCGACAUCAUCAUGUUGAAGCUGGUACACUUGCUCAAAGCUUUAAACAAGUAUUUAUAUCCUAACUGAUUUUUGAGAAGAUUACAUGUCUAUUGUGUUUUGUACAGUACUUAAACAUAAAAAAGAUCAACAUCCAAAAGUUGUAAGUAUUUUUGGACAAGUAAAUACGUAUCUCUAACUUCAGGCUACCAACAGUAGUCUGAUUGUAUUUGUCCCAGGGAUGUUACUGUAGUCAGAAAGUAUUAACUGCCAUUCAGGUGUUGACUGUGCCAAACGUUUCUCUUGAUGAGCCUUCGGAAUUGUUUGCCUGUAAGUAUUGUAUGCCUAUUAUACAUUUUAGUUUUCUAUUUAAUUAUCUUAUUUGUUAAUGUUUCAGAAUCGCCAUGUAAAAUCCCCGAUGCUAAUCGCUAUGGGAUUGACUAUAUGAUUUAGCAUCGAGCUAGCACAAUUAUUGAAAUUGAUUUUAUCUUAUGUCAAAAAUAUUUUUGUAUUUGACUUGUUAUAAUUGACACCCUUUAUUUAUCUAAUUUAACAGAGCUUCAAAGUAAACAUACAAUGGAACUCAUCUGCAUUCUGUGUUUGAUAGAUUAUAUAGAUACUUUAUAAUCACUGAUAUCGGAAAAAUUUAUUAUUGAUCGUUGGCGGCAAAUUAUUUUGCUACAGCAAAGGCAUGUUCAGAUAGGAGUGACGUGAAUUAUAUUUAUAUAGCGCUUUUUCUCCAGAGACUCCAAGCGCUUCACAUAUUGACAUCACAUGGACAAAGAUAAGACCUUCUGGAGGAAAGUUCUGUGGUCAGAUGACACAAAAAUGUAGCUGUUUGGCCACAAUACCCAGCAAUAUGUUUGGAAGAGAAAAGGUGAGGCCUUUAAUCCCAGGAACACCAUCCUACCAUCAAGCAUGGUGGUGGUGGUAUUAUGCUCUGGGCCUCUUUUGCUGCCAAUGCAACUGGUGCUUUAAAUGGGACAAGGAAAAAGGAGGAUUACCUCCAAAUUCUUCAGGACAACCUAAAAUCAUCAACCCCGGAAGUUGGAUCUUGGGCGCAGUUGGGUGUUCCAACAGGACAAUGACCCCAAACACACGUCAAAAGUGGUAAAGGAAUGGCUAAAUCAGGCUAGAAUUAAGGUUUUAGAAUGGCUUUCCCAAAGUCCUGACUUAAACGUGUGGACAAUGCUGAAGAAACAAGUCUGUGUCAGAAAAGCAACAUAUUUAGCUGAA